AUGGAAAAUAAUUUAGAGAAAAAAGUUGAAACGAUUGAAAAAUUAAAUGAAACAGUUACUGUAAAAUGUGUAGAGAAAAAUGAUAAUAAUGACACAAAAAACACAAAUGAAUUAAUUGAAGAAAACCAAGACAAUUUCACCAACAAAAAUACAAGAAUAUUAAUAUCAAAUGAAUCUAAAAAAAAGUUUACGAAAAAUUUAUUUAAUUCAAGUUUUCAUAAAAACUUAUUUUCAGCACCAAAGUAUCAUCCACAUUUUCUGUUGAAAAAUUAUACUAUUGAAUAUAUGGAUCCUGUAAUAAAAAAAGCAAAAGGAAAAACAUUUUUGUGUUGUUGCUAA